AAUUGAUUGUAGUUUCUCUCAAACCGAGAUCUAAAUAAAUAAAACAAAAUAUAUAAAAGGUUGUGAUCCUUUGGAGAUUUUUGAAUGAUGUUUGGGUUAUGAUUAAGAUGGAGGAUAUUAGAGUUUUCUCUAUUUUUAAAUCCUAUGGUUGGUUUGGUUGGUCCUCCAUCUUCGUAAGCGCUUUCUACGGUGAACGUCUCAGAAAGAAAGGAAGAAAACAAACAAGAAAUGAUGUUGAGCCCAUUUUUGUAUUCUGCUUCUUCUUCAAUCUUCUUCUUCAUCCCAAAUAAUCAAAAUGACUGUAAUCGACAUCAUCUUCCGAGUCGAUUCCAUUUGCAAGAAAUACGACAAGUAUGAUGUCGAGAAACAGCGUGAGCUCAAUGCUUAUGGUGAUGAUGCCUUCGCUCGCCUCUUCGCCGCCGUCGAACUCGAAAUCCACGCCGCUCUUCAGAAAUCUGAGGUUGCUUCAACUGAGACGAAUAGGGCUGCUGCUGUUGCGAUGAACGCUGAGGUUCGACGGAAGAAGGCUCGAUUGAUGGAUGAAGUCCCUAAGCUUCGUAAAUUGGCUCACAAGAAGGUUAAAGGGGUUCCAAAAGAAGAGCUGGAGGUCAGAGAUGAUCUUGUUCUUGCACUAGAAGAGAAGAUUAAAGCCAUACCAGAUGGGAAUACCUCAGGAGCCAAACAUUCUGGAGGAUGGGGCUCCUCCUCCUCAUCUAACAAUAUCAAGUUUGAUUCAUCAUCAGAUGGAAACUUCGAGAGCGAGUAUUUCCAGCAAAGUGAAGAAUCGAGUCAAUUUCGAAAUGAGUAUGAAAUGCGGAAGAUGAAACAGGACCAAGGUCUUGAUGUCAUAUCCGAAGGUUUGGACAUGCUGAAAAAUCUAGCUCAUGAUAUGAACGAGGAAUUGGACAGGCAAGUUCCGUUAAUCGACGAGAUCGACUCUAAGGUGGACAAGGUGACUGACGAGAUUAAAAACACCAAUGUUAGGCUCAAGGAAACACUCUAUGAGGUGAGAAGUAGCCAAAACUUUUGCAUUGAUAUCAUUCUUCUCUGUGUAAUUCUUGGAAUUGCUUCUUACUUGUACAACAUAUUGAGUUGAGUUGAUUUAAGAGGUUAUUGUUUCAUUGGUUAAAAAAUGGGAUGAUGUUGAGCUACAAGGUAAAUAUGGUAAACGUGGAGGAGGAGCAUUCAUCAACUUCAAUACUAUGCACCGCACUUUGAUGAUCUUUUCAGCUUUGUGUAGAAUUUCAUUUCAUGGGUUUAUUGUAAAAUAUAUAUCCCCCAUUUUCAUUUAGCUUUAUUGAGAUUUGUAAAUUUGUUGUUGGGGGAAGUCAAGUAUAAAUAUAUAAUGGUUUUUUUUCUUUUUUUUCUUUUUUGUAUGUGUGCUUAUUUUCUGCUUUUGGAGUAAAUAGAUUUGGAACAAUAAUGUUUACAUGAAAAGAAAUUGAACUUUGUAAAACUUUCAAUUUCAUUGAA